CUCCACGUUAGGCCUAUCGCGUCGGGCUCAACAUGUGCAUAAGGCGGCUUUUCCAGUCCUCACGCCUCCAGUGGGCUUGGAGGGCAGCCUUCCUGAAACACAUCCAGUGCAGGCACCAGGGCGCCCUGCGAUGGACACAUUCUGGAGGCGGCACCUACAGAGCUGUGAUUUUUGACAUGGGUGGAGUUCUCAUUCCUUCUCCAGGGAGAGUGGCUGCAGAAUGGGAGGUACAAAAUCAGAUCCCUUCCGGAACUAUACUGAAGGCCUUGAUCUCAGGUGGUGAAAAAGGGCCCUGGAUGACAUUUAUGAGAGGAGAGAUAACAACAGAAGAUUUCUUUCAAGCAUUUGGGAGACUCUGCUCUGAAAUUUCAGAGACCCCGGUGCCUGUGGACUCCUUUUUCUCUCUGCUGACCAGUGAGCAAGUGGCGAAGCAGUUCCCAGUGAUGACUGAGGCCAUAACUCAAAUUCGGGCAAAAGGCCUUCGGACUGCAGUCUUGAGCAAUAAUUUUUAUCUUCCCAAUGGGAAAAGCUUUUUGCCCCUGGACCGGAAACAGUUUGAUGUGGUCGUGGAAUCCUGCCUGGAAGGUAUCUGCAAGCCAGACCCCAGGAUAUAUAAGCUGUGCUUGGAGCGACUCGGCCUGCAGCCUUCUGAGUCCAUCUUUCUUGAUGAUCUUGGACCGAAUAUAAAGGCAGCUGCCAGCCUUGGUAUUUGCACCAUUAAGGUUAAUGACCCAGAGACUGCAGUAAGGGAAUUGGAAACUCUUUUGGGUUUUACAUUGAGAAUGGUUAUUCCCAACACUCGCCCCGUGAGAAAGACAAUGGAAAUUCCAAAGGAUUCCCUGAAGAAGUACCUCAGAGACUUACUGGGGACCCAAACCACAGGCCCAAUGGAACUCCUUCAGUUUGAUCAUGGGCAGUCAAAUCCAACUUACUACAUCAGGCUGGCAGACCGUCAGCUGGUUCUGAGGAAGAAACCCCCGGGGACACUGCUUCCAUCCGCCCAUGCCGUGGAGAGGGAGUUCAGGAUAAUGAGAGCCCUUGCAAAUGCUGGAGUACCUGUUCCCAAAGUUCUUGACCUCUGUGAAGAUUCAAGGGUCAUCGGCACUCCCUUCUAUCUGAUGGAGUACUGCCCAGGCCUCGUCUACAAAGACCCCUCUCUGCCAGGCCUGGAGCCCAGCGAGAGGCGGGCCAUAUACACUGCCAUGAACAGAGUCUUGUGCCAAAUUCACAGUGUGGACCUCAAGGCCACUGGCCUAGAAGACUAUGGGAAACACGGGGACUAUAUUCCACGCCAGGUGCAAACCUGGAUUAAGCAGUAUCGAGCCUCAGAAACCAGCAGCAUCCCAGCGAUGGAGAGGCUCAUCGAAUGGCUGCCGCUCCAUCUUCCCAAGCAACAGAAGACCACAGUGGUGCAUGGGGACUUCAGGCUGGACAACCUGCUGUUCCAUCCGGAAAAGACCGAGGUGCUUGCUGUCCUCGACUGGGAACUUUCGACCUUAGGCGACCCCCUGGCGGACGUGGCCUUCAGCUGCCUGGCUCACUACCUGCCGUCCAGUUUUCCCAUGCUGCGGGGUUUGAGUGACUGUGAUUUGACUCAGCUGGGCAUCCCUACAGCAGAGGAGUAUUUCAGGAUGUACUGUCUGCACGCGGGGAUCCCUCCCGUCGAGAACUGGAACUUCUACGUGGCUUUCUCCUUCUUCCGACUGGCCGCAAUCCUACAGGGAGUCUACAAGCGCUCGCUCACAGGUAAAGGGAUGGCCUGCAAGAGCUGGCUGAGGGAGAAAGCCAAGGCUGAAGGACUUUGGAACCUUUUCCUACCCUUGGAGACUGAUCCAGAGAAAAAAUACGGAGCAGGACUGACCAACGUCGAGUAUGCACAUUUGUGUGAACUCAUGGGCAUGUCUCUGUAUGCCCCCGAGAUGUUUAACUGUUCUGCUCCAGACACGGGGAACAUGGAGCUUCUGGUGCGCUAUGGCACCGAGGAGCAGAAGGCCCGCUGGCUGAUUCCGUUGCUGGAGGGAAAGGCCCGCUCCUGUUUUGCUAUGACUGAGCCCCAGGUUGCCUCAUCAGAUGCCACCAACAUUGAGUCUUCCAUCAGAGAGGAGGAUGGCUUCUACGUCAUAAAUGGUCACAAGUGGUGGAUCUCAGGUGUCCUGGAUCCUCGCUGCCAACUCUGUGUGUUUAUGGGAAAAACAGACGCGCAUGCCCCACGCCACCGGCAGCAGUCGGUGCUCUUGGUUCCCAUGGACACCCCGGGGAUAAAAGUCAUCCGGCCUCUGACGGUGUAUGGGCUGGACGACGCGCCAGGUGGCCAUGGCGAAGUCCUGUUUGAGCAGGUGCGCGUGCCCAAGGAGAACGUGGUCCUGGGCCCCGGCCGAGGCUUUGAGAUUGCCCAGGGCAGACUGGGUCCCGGCAGGAUCCAUCACUGCAUGCGGCUGAUUGGGUACUCGGAGAGGGCCCUGGCGCUCAUGAAGGCCCGCGUGCAGUCCCGUGUGGCCUUCGGGAAACCCCUGGUAGAGCAGGGCACGCUCCGGGCAGACAUCGCCCAGUCGCGUGUGGAGAUCGAGCAGGCCCGGCUGCUGGUGCUGAAAGCUGCACACGUCAUGGACGUGGCAGGAAAUAAGGCUGCAGCUUUCGAUAUCGCCAUGAUUAAAAUGGUGGCCCCGUCCGUGGCCUGCCGCGUGAUUGAUCGCGCCAUUCAGGCCUUUGGAGCAGCGGGGCUGAGCAGCGACUACCCGCUGGCUCAGUUCUUUGCCUGGGCCCGAGCGCUGCGCUUUGCCGACGGCCCUGACGAGGUGCACCGAGCGGCAGUGGCCAAGAUGGAGUUGAAGCACUGCAUUUAGACCGGCAGGGUUGCAGGAGCCAGAACGUCCCUGCUGGACUGGCGGCACCCAGAACUUGAAAUGGUGCGCUUUGAAAGGCCUGGGAUGUGUGAUUCUUGCACCCUGCCCAGCGGCUGUAUCCUGGGACAGUCGUUGUGAACUCAACCUUUUUAGGUGCCCACAGAAGACAUUUCUGUGAGAAGCCUUGAGUUUGCUGUUUCAGGCAAAGAGGAAGGGGCUUAGCUGAGAGCUGAGUGGGUUUCGGUACAGAGCCUGGCAAGCUGGUCUUCCGUCUUGUAGGGUCACACUUGCCCAGCCCUGGCCUUCCUGCCCUAUAACAAACAUGUGUCCUUCUG